AGGAAACUGUUGACCGGGCCUCCCCACACAGACCCAAGGAUCUGAUUGGCCCAGUAUUUCAACGUACCACUCACCGCAACUCCCCUCACCAAGAAGACGAUGUGGACCUGGAGGCGCUGGUCAACGACAUGAGCUCGUCCCCGGAGAGCGUGUACUCGUCCUGCGGCCGGCACGCCGACACGGUGCCGCUCCUGCACAACGGCCACGCCCCCCACCACACCACCACCCCCCCCGGCCCCCGGGGGGCCCCGCGCCCCGUGCCCCCCUCCUCUCCCCGGGAGAAGCUGCGGCGCUCUCAACCCAUGCACAUCCAGGCUGUCAGGAGGCUGCAGGAGGAGCAGCUGGUGCGCCCGUCCUCCCUCCCUGCCAUCCCCAACCCCUUCCCUGAACUCUGCAGCCCCACCGGGUCCCCCAUCCUCAGCCCCAUCCAGAACUCAGACAUCCAUAUAGUCAAGGUGUGGAGUGAGGAUGGAGCAGGGAAGGUGGUGGAGAUCCCUGCUGACAUGACUUCCAGAGACAUGUGUCAGCUCCUGGUCUACAGGAGCCACUGUCUGGACGACAACUGCUGGAGCCUGGUGGAGCACCACCCACUGCUUGGCCUCGAGAGAUGUCUGGAGGACCAUGAGUUGGUUGUUCAGGUCCAGGCCUCUAUGAGUAGUGAGAGUAAAUUCCUCUUCAGGAAGAACUAUGCCAAAUAUGAAUUCUUCAGGAACCCCCUGAACUUCUUUCCGGAGCAGAUGGUGGCUUGGUGUCAGGAAUCCAAUGGCUCUAUCCCCCAGUCUCAGCUCUUACAGAACUUUCUGAACUCCAGCAGCUGUCCAGAGAUCCAGGGCCAUCUCUACAUGAAGGAUCCUGGACGGAAAUCCUGGAAGAAGCUGUACAUGUUCCUGAGACGCUCAGGCCUCUACUACUCCACUAAAGGAACAUCCAAGGAGCCCAGACAUCUCCAGCUGCUAGCCGACCUGGAGGACAGUAACAUCUUCACCGUCAUCACAGGCAGGAAGCUGCACAAUGCUCCAACAGACUUCCAGUUCUGCAUCAAGCCCAGCAAAGUGAGGAGUGAUUGUAAGGAGCUGAAGAUGCUGUGCGCGGAAGAUGAACAGAGUAGAACCUGCUGGAUGACAGCGUUCAGACUGCUAAAGUAUGGCAUCUUACUGUAUCAGAACUACAAGGUGCCCCAGCAGAGAAAAGCUCCACUGUCACAUUUCUCUGCUCCUGUGCGGAGCGUGUCGGAGAACUCCCUGGUGGCCAUGGACUUCUCCGGCCGGACGGGCCGCGUCAUCGACAACCCAGUGGAGGCCCAGAGCGCCGCCAUGGAGGAGGGGCAAACCUGGAGGAAGCGAAGUCAACGUAUGAAUGUCCUGGGAAGCCCUAGCCCUCUGCACCCCUCCACUCUCAGCACAGUGAUCCACAGAACACAGCUAUGGUUCCAUGGGCGCAUCAUGAGGGAGGAGUCUCACAAGAUGAUCAUGCAGCAAGGCCAAGUUGAUGGGCUGUUCCUGUUGCGGGACAGUCAGAGUAACCCCAAGGCCUUCGUCCUCACCCUGUGCCAUCACCAAAAGAUCAAACACUUCCAGAUCCUGCCGUGCGAGGAAGACGGUCAGAUGUUCUUCAGCCUUGACGACGGUGCCACCAAGUUCACGGACCUGAUCCACCUGGUGGAGUUCUACCAGCUCAACAGGGGAGUGCUGCCCUGCAAGCUCAAACACCCCUGCACCGCCGUGGCCUUGUGACCUCUCACCCCUGAACCCCCCCGCCCCCCCCCCCCCUACACCUCUCUUCUUCCCACCACACACAGACCAACAGAGAGACGGACACACGGUCCAUCACAGCUGGACACAGCUGGCGUCUGUAGUGGACCACCAGAACCCCCUACCCCCCAUCCCACCCCUACCCCUGUCUUGAAACUCAACAUUUGUGUCCAAUAAGCUCUGGUGCACCCCCCCACCCCCUCCUUACCGUACUCCUCCCCCCGGUGGGUGGCACCAUGCCCCCCCCCCCCCCCCCCCCCCGACUUCCUUGUUCAACAUCAGGGAUGAACGUGGCUUCGAGGUGGCAGCCGUUGCUGACGAUGCUCGUCCUCUGUCAAGCUGUGCAGUCCAGUCUGGAUAAGCUGACCAGGAUCUCCUAGCAAAGCCUGACAUUUGCCUGAGGGGGGAUUCGGCCCUGUCCGUCACUCAGCAGUGCGCAUUCCUAUCCCACCCCAUCUCACAAGAGACAGUACAGGGCCACCGACAACAGAGGGGAAAGAACGAAACCGCGGCCAAGAACAUGAUUGUUUUCUUGGCCGGUUUAAUCUAGAAGGACAGAGGAAUGUUUUUUUUUUUUUUUUUGAACGGUGUGGCCCUCUUCUCUUGCAGAGUUGAUUACUUGAUGACCUUUUAAUGCUGUUUUAAUAACUGUUGAUUCAAUGCAGAACUAGUUUUGCACUCCCGAGCCGACAGCCGACACCUCUUCCCUUGAGCUGAAUGAAGCUGACAAGCUCCUCAUCCUCUUUUCGCUCUCUCGUUCUUCCUCCCCUCUGGCCCCCAUCCCUCGAUCUCUUAGAGAGGGUACGUGAGAAUUCCCCUGAGUUCUGAUUGGAUUACAGUGGCAUGGGACAGGAUGAGUCACACUUGUGCGUGCUGUCCCUUUUGGAAACGUUUGCGGAACAUCAUCUACGGCAUUCUGUGUUCCUGGCAGAAAGGCCGGCCUGACCUCAUCAGAACAUCCAUAGAGAGAGAAGAAAAAAUACCAGCUAAGCAUCCCCUGGAAUCUGCUGGAACAUUCCAGGAGAUGAGAUGAGUGCAGGAGAAAGCCCUGCAUUAUUGUCGCUGUCUACCUAGACAUUUUGGACUCUUAAGUCUGGUUUAUCACAAUCAGUUAUGCUGUUCAUGAAUGUUCUUCAGUAUUCCUUAAGUAAAUUCGAAGCUCACUACUUGCACAUUGUAGAUGAUGUUGUUUCGAGAUGUGACUGAUGUUUUGUGAAGGGUUGGAGUUGAGCAUGCAAUGACUGGGCCUUGAGUAAAAACUGACCACUGUCCCGGCGCCAGACAAAACAAACUAGCACGAGCUCUCCCCCCGAUCUUUCUAUUUGUAUUUAUGUUGAAUCAAACAAAGACUUGAAGAUAUAGGUUUAGUUGACUGUGCAGCAGAUAGGGACCAGUGAGUCUUCCUCGCCUUAAGUGAUCAGUUGAGCCUUGAGUGGUGUGUGAAACCCAAGCUAUGUUCAAAUGCACAUACAGUUCAAACAUUUCUGAUCCUUUCAGAUCCCAUUUCAGACAUUUCGAAAGAUUUGAGAAAUUGGAGAGAGGGGACCGCACCGCCAGGGUCCUCUAAGCCGCCCCCCUUUCUCCUUUCCUCUUUAGUCCCCAAUGCCAACAACUUUCAUAGGCAUUCAGUGGUCCUGAAGGACGAUUUUCCACCAUAGGAUUUAGUGCUCCAGCAUAGGAAAGGAGGUAGGGGAAGGAUGGAAGGACACAAGGAGGAGUCUUCCCCGCUCCGCCCUCCCAGUCUUCUUGCUGGCGUGUGAGCAUUGCGGCCAGGCAGGGCGUGUGACAUAAUACCUGCUCAAGGCUUUCACCAGAUUUACCCCCCCUCCCCCCUCCCGUGCCAGGUUUAAACCCCCCCUCCCCAUCUCCUGCCAGAUUGACGGUAAAUAGGGUUAGAGCGCCAGGCCGUUGGCUACCUGCCCGCACAGCUCUCCUUAAGGAACGUCACUGUGGCACAUGCCACAGUCCAUACGCGUACAGACCAAUCAGGACCACCCUUAUACUCACCUGCUCCGUGCUCCACCAACCAGGCCUUAGUCAGCCAUCGCAGACUCCCCAGGGAUUGGAUGAAGCUUGAACAACCCCACACCCCCCCCCCCCCCACACCCCCCCCCUCACCCCCGAGUCCAGCCUGUAAGCUACAUUAUUACUCUGUGUUGAAUGUGCUGGUGGGAUGUUAGACCAUGUAUUACUAUGUAUUGCUAGGUUAGACUUCUGCUUUUAGUUAUUGGAGUCAGAUUGAGACCAGAGAAAACAGGUGUGCUGUCUGGGUAGUGGUGACAGAUCAGAGUCAGGAUGGAAAAGCCCUUCUGGGUCAGCCUGAGUUUUCAACAUGGUCUGCUUCUACAAGGGUCACUCAGGACUUCAAACCACUAUCCUUGCUCUCUGUUUUCUCUUUUUUUCCUCUUUAUCUCUCUGUCUCUCUCACCCCAUCCUCCUCUCCUAAUCACUGUGUUAUAAUGCAAUCCUAUACAGAAGUCCAACCGUAUGGAUAUCCAGUAUAUAUCUAUUUUUAAGUAUGUGAAACUAUGGAAACGUUGUAGAUCUAACACUGUAUUUAGGUCACAGAUCACUAUGUGUGGGGUGUCACUCGUAACUCCGUUAAAAAUGAAGUGAUUUAUUUUGUCCUUUUUUUUUCCAUGAUUUGAUUGUGUCCAUUGACUUCAUUGUAUGUUUUUUUCUUUUUGUCACAAAAUGACCUUUUUAUAUAAAGAAAAAGAAUAUAACAUGAUAUAUACAGUAUUAAAUUAAGCAGAUUUUUAGUGAUCAAAAACUGGACUUUUGGCGUGCGUCAAAAAUCUUAGUGUGAAUCAAAUAUAUAAGCUGACAGGCUUUCAGAAUGUGGAGACCGAGACUUGAUCUAACCCUUAAGAGUUGACCACAUCUGGCUCAUCACCCUCAUUCAUUUAGGAGUGACCUGAGCCUUCUCUCUCUGGCCCCAAACCAUCCAGAUUUAGCUUCUGAAUCCCCGUAACUGUUUUCAAACCAGGCCGGUUAACCACCUCAUCACUGGGACCCUGGUGAGAUGUCAUGUGUAUGCUGGUUUUGGGCAGUGCGAUGUAAAGCAAGGUGUUCCUAUGAAAACAGGUCUGAAGUCCGGUGCACUCCUGGACUAGGAACCACAGAGGACGAGUAGAGGAAGGUGUUUCAGAUGGUUGGAUUCAACGAGCAUUUUCAGUGCUAGCUUUGCAUUCUGAUUCAGUAGUGCAGUUGUAGCCCACCAAAAAGAGGUUUGUUGUUUCUGCAUUUACUCUGAUACUGGUAUAAACAAGCCUAAUAUUGCAACAGGUGCCUAUUUUCUGUGUUUGACGUUAUUCUGGCUAACAGGCCACAGCACCAAGCCAACCAACCUAGGGUGGCGCCCGUCCUUUAGUUAAAUCACAGCAGCUGUGAUGAUCCAUCAAAACAUACUGGAAUACAUCCUGAAUUGAGGUUUGCACACACAACUUGUACUCGUUCACAACUGUUUUAUUAGCAUGUAAGGUGCGAGCGAAGCUUUCAAGUUGCAAGGAUUAUUCUCGAGUGAGAAUUGGGCCACUCGAAAGCAUUGUUUGAAAAGAGGGCCUAUUUCAGGGAGUGAUACAGUAGAAACGACAUUUAUCCGUUUUGGCAAGACCAACCCCUGUGUUCAUAGUGUGCUUUGCUUCAUUAUGUAAAUGUCUGAAUGGCUUAUGGAUCUUCUAUUGUAUCCUGUUCAGGUAUUUUUGUACAAAUAAGGGACUGAUAUAUUCUCUGUUUAUUGGAAAUCAGAAUAAAAGACAACAUUGCUAUA